CAACGUGCUUUUCACAUGUGUGGUUCUUUUUGUAAAAGUCUGUCUACAUUAGCGUAUCUUGGAUUUAACGAGUUUCACCGGUGAUCUGAUAGAGACCUGCGGUAGAUUUUACUGGUAACCCCUUCACACUAACUAACGACUGUGUAUACACUGCCAUGUCUGUAAAGAUAUCUGAAAUUGCGGAACUAGAUGUGUACUCGUCCAAUCCGGUGAUGCUGGAAAACAUGUACAAAUACUGGUGGCAGCUGUUUGGUGCCAAGGGCUUCCGGGCCAGGGAUCAUGCGGUUCCUGCGCUGGAUGGCGACGGCUCAAACAUGGUGCUCGUAGCGGGAGAAAAGCAGCUUUAUAGGGGCUACAUCGGAGGGCUGGACGUGGUAGGGAAUAAGGAACGGGGGUCGAAACGUGCUGCUGCCGAGCCGCUGCGGACGUACGUGGCCAAACGCAAUCGUGAGACCGGGCAGAUGCGGCUUGUGGAGGUGGUAUCGUGCCAACUGAGCCACGUCUGUCAUGACAGCCCCCGUGGGCGUCAGACUACCACUGCGGCACUGGACGAGAAAACUCUUCGGAUGAUGCGGCAGAAGUUCGAUUCCAAAACGCACCUGGCGAAUUUGCAGCGAAUGUACGGAAACAAGGUCGAUCUCAACGUUAUACAGGAGAAGCUCCAACGGAUGAUCACGGAGUGUGCACUGAAGGUGGAUGACGGUGCAGCAUUUGCCAACGAUAGACCUCAGGGAGACGGCGCUGAGGAUGAUAAAAUGAUGCUCCAGCCCGCUGCGGAGAUACGGGCCAAGUCAAAUCUUCUGGCAACUACACUGUGCGACCUUUACAGUGCCGAAUCGCUGAUCGGCUCGAAUGUGCUACUUAAGCUUACGGAACCGGCGAAGCAACUGCUCCAGACGCCACCGGAAGAACUGUCGAUGGGCAACGAGUACCUCGAGAAUCGCGUAAAGGCAUUGAUGCAGUCGGAAGAUGUGGGCUCCGAAAGCAGCUUGCAAAAGGCGGGGGUAUGCCUGUUCAUGGAUGUGCUAACGCGCAUGUUCCGUCGGAAAAUGAGUCGUACGAUAGGCCAGAAGGGCAAUGUUUCGCCCUUCACAGAUGUAUUGAAUCAACCGAUCCGGAAACAGUUUUUGGAACUCCAGCUUCAAGGAAAUGGGACCCGGCUAGUGAUCACCAAAAAUACGGAAACGAAGGCGUUGUUGUACUAUUUAGCGCUCGUGCUCGCGCUCGAGGAGCUUGAGGAAGUCCCUGCCAAGGUGCUUUAUCAAUCAUUACAGAUGAACAAAAUGGAGCUGAUAAAGUACGCUCUUUUGAUUGGCGCGAAAUUUAACCAACGAAGCCAAACCUUCCAAUUAGUUGAAAUGCCGAAAAUGAAGACCGAGGCGGAAGAAAUUAAACAAGCGAUUACCCAGAGUGUCAAAAAGAGAUGAAUACGGCAACGGCGGAACUAUUGUUGUCAAAUAAUAAAAUUUAUAAUU